AAAUCAGCUGGAAUCCACCGACAUCAACAGGGCUGAUCUCUUCUGUCUUUAGCUUGCUGCACAUCUGUCAGCGCGUGUUUCUCGCUCUCUCUCUCUCUCUCUCCCAUCGUUUUGGUGUUGAAGCGCCGCGAUGUCGGAGUCUUACGAUUUCCUGUUUAAAUUCCUGGUGAUUGGGAACGCUGGAACAGGCAAAUCUUGUUUGCUGCACCAGUUCAUAGAGAAGAGAUUUAAGGAUGAAUCUAAUCACACGAUCGGUGUGGAGUUUGGCUCCAAGAUCAUCAGCGUGGUCAACAAAAUGGUCAAACUGCAAAUCUGGGACACUGCAGGACAAGAACGCUUCAGGUCUGUGACCAGGAGUUACUACAGAGGAGCAGCAGGAGCCCUGCUGGUCUAUGACAUCACCAGUCGAGAAACCUACAACGCUCUGACCACGUGGCUGAGUGACGCCAGGAUGCUGGCCAGUCAAAACAUCGUCAUCAUCCUCUGCGGGAACAAGAAGGACCUGGAUGCGGACAGAGAGGUCACGUUCCUGGAGGCGUCACGGUUCGCUCAGGAAAACGAGCUGAUGUUCCUGGAGACGAGCGCUCUCACGGGGGAGAACGUCGAGGAGGCCUUUGUCCAGUGCGCUCGCAAAAUCCUCAACAAGAUUGAAUCAGGGGAGUUGGACCCAGAGAGGAUGGGGUCGGGUAUCCAGUACGGCGACGCUGCGUUACGGCAGCUUCGUUCUCCUCGUCGCRCUCAGCCGCAGGGCACGCAGGAGUGCGGCUGCUAGUGGACCUCGCACACAAUCAAGGUUUGUGAAGACCAGAAGACAAACAGCCAUGGAGGACCUAACAGUGUUGGGUUCAGGUUGCUGUGCUGGUGACCCCCACCCUCCCUGACCUUCGCACGGACCCUUCAGAGUUCCCAUUUCUGCAUGUGCAGAGAGCCCAGAAGACCUCCUGACCCCGCCCUGUCGCGAGAUCUCCAUGGUAGCCCCCCCCCCACAAAAAAAAUCCUCCAAAGGUCUUCUGCUGCAUUGGACCAAACUGUCCCUGACUCAGCUCAGCCAUCCACCCAGGAUGUUUAUUUAACACUGGCAUGAAUGUCCCCAGUUUUAUCUGGACCGUACUGCCCCAGUCUGCCUCGCAGGAAGAAUUUCCAUUUGACUAGUCUAUGAAAAAAGAAGAUUUAAGUCUGUUUUAAAGGUGUCAGGUAGAUUUUAGAGAUUUUAGAUUGAGACAUUUUAAAGAAAAAAAGCCUUUUUAGGCUUAAAAUAAAUCAAAUUCCCGCCCCCAGCUUAACUGUGAAUGCACAAAGGCAACGGGAAUGAAUCUGUCGUCCGACUCUCGGCAUGCAAAUUUCCCCAGAUUCUUGAACCUUUACUGACUGUACUCACCUGUUCCUUUCUUAGUUUCUUUUUUUACCAUCCAGCUGCUGUAAAAAAAACUACUUAACCUGUCUCCUUUCUAAUUGAAGCACCACCAGUCUACCUGCGAACCCACUCCGCCAUUAACCCUGCAUUAGAAGCUCCGCCCCCUCCUUACRCUUCACUGUACAGAGUAUCUGUAAAUAGAGACUGACGCAUGCUUUAUAUCAGAGUAUCUCACCACGAGGACGUAUUACGUGUGUAUUAAAGUAGAUUUCAUGUUCUGCAGUUUUUUUUCUCCUGCUCCGCUGUGUGAGCUGCGACGCGCCGGGUACUUGAAAAACCGGGCAGUGCCGUUUGUAAACGGAUCGGCUCGGUGUGUGUUAUCGGACAGCGUACACACACCUCUGUACCCAAAGGAAUCUGAGAACUGAUUGAUCUCUAACUUCUAACUGCAGCCUGCUUACAUGACUGAUUGUUUCCAGCCCUGGCUGAUACUAACCAAUYAUAUUUCAGGUUUAGAGAUUUAUCUGAUGUACGCUUUCUUUGUUUUGUCAUUUUACUCUUUUUUUUUUUCAGUUUUCAUCAUUACUUUUACAUCAGUCGACUAUAAACUAAAGAAAUGUUUCACAUCAAGAAAUCGUUUCAAAUCUGAUCGUGGCUUUAUUUGUUUCACACCGGCUGUCGUCUCGUGUUCUUUUUUAUGYGUCUGUUUUAUGCACUUGUCAUUUAUGAAUAUCAUAGAUUUUUAAUUUAUUGUUUAUGAGAAAAGACAAAUGUUUUUGAAAUAAAAACAAUUAUAAGUCA